AAUACCUCCUACAUAUCUACUCCGUGGGCCUGCCAUACCACCUGCUAAACAUCACAUCACUCGGCAAUUUGUCUUUAGUUCGAGAAGUAGUGCCUACGUCUGGUCGUUGAACUCUAGGUAAACUAUACCCACCUCUUCCUUUGACCGAUCAUCAUGGGAAAGACGCAUUCGGGCCCUGCCUACGUCCUAGGCGUGGGCAUGACCAAGUUCCUAAAGCCCCGCGGUAAGGUCGAUUAUCAAGAGCUAGGCUUCGAAGCCGGAGUCAAAGCUAUGCUGGAUGCCCAUAUCAAUUACGAUGACGUUGAGCAAGGUGUUGCAUGCUACGUGUACGGAGAUAGUACUUGCGGCCAGCGCGUCUUUUAUCAAUUCGGACUGACUCAGAUCCCCAUUUAUAAUGUCAACAACAACUGCUCUACAGGAUCCACGGGCUUGGCGUUGGCUCGAACGCUGGUUUCCUACGGAGCUGCAGACUGCAUCCUGGUCGUCGGCUUCGAGAAGAUGAGCCCCGGCAGUCUUCAGUCGGUCUACGGCGAUCGUGCAAACCCGACAGGCCAAUUCGGCAAAAUGAUGGCCGAGACAAGAGGCGUCACCGAUGCUCCAUGGGCAGCACAGAUGUUUGGCAAUGCUGGUCGCGAAUACAUGGAAAAACAUGGUGCCGAGGCGGAGGACUUUGCCAACAUUGCUCGGAUAAAUCACGAGCAUUCCAAACGCAACCCGUAUUCCCAAUUCCAGGAUGAAUACAGCCUUGAACAGAUCCUCAAGUCGCCCAUGAUCCACGCUCCGUUGACGAAGCUGCAGUGCUGUCCGACAUCCGAUGGUGCGGCCGCUGCUGUGGUCGUCUCCCAAGCCUUCCUUGAUGCGCGGCCUGAACUCAAAGACCAGGCAAUCCUCAUUGCAGGCCAGAAGCUCGCCACGGAUCACAGCUCCGUGUAUGAUCGCAGUUCGAUUGACUUGAUGGGCUUCGGGAUGACCCGCAAUGCGAGCCGAGCUGCAGCAGCUGAAGCGGGAGUUAAUGUCAGAGACAUCAAAGUGUGUGAGCUACACGAUUGCUUUUCUGCCAAUGAGAUGAUCACCAUCGAUGCACUGGAGUUGUGUGAGCCGGGUAAAGCGCACGAAAUGGUGCGACAGGGUGACAUCACUUACGGCGGAAAGAUGGUCAUUAACCCUUCCGGGGGUCUUAUUUCCAAGGGCCAUCCCUUAGGGGCAACAGGUUUGGCACAAUGCGCGGAGCUUGUUUGGCACCUGCGUGGCUGGGCCAACAAUCGCUUGAUCGACGGCACGGAUGCCGCCCUCCAGCACAACUUGGGGUUGGGAGGUGCCGUCGUGGUUACUGUAUACAAGCGAGCAGAUGGCGAAGUCGCCACACCAGUAGCGUCUGAGACGGUGGCGAAAAUCACGGGUCUUGGGUACAACCCAGCAGUAGAAGCCAAGGGCUUCACGGCAGAGCAGGCUCGAUCAGUCCAAAGCCGGGAACAUAGUGACAAAUGGGCGUUGGCCGACACGCAGGACCGGGUGCUGGCGCGGUUCUAGCUGGAAGGGGUGUAGAGGCAAUAGUUAUAUUAGGUAAUUUCAUGAAAUUGAAUUGCAACGGUGCAGAGUGCCUC